UCUAAUAUAGCUGAAACAUACGAAACAGCAUUAAUCUUUUAUUUUGGCAAUAGAAAAAGCGCUAUAAAGAAAAGCUCUCUUUAAAUAUGUAAUCUAUCAAUCUAUAUAACUUCAAAGAUAUUAAUCAUAUAUUUGUUUAUCAAUAUGCAUAUGGUAGCACUCAUUUGUAGUGUAUUUUUACUAAAAUGAGUCAGAUCAAAUAAAUAGACCGGUACCGCGAAAUUGUUUACCAUCACUAAAAUACGACACAGACUGAAAAAUUUAUAGACUAGAUGGAGAACUAACUACUAGACAACUAGAUAGAUAGUGCAUUAUGGCAGCAACACAAUGUGUGACAAGAAGUUUGUAUACUUCGUCAGCAUUGCUUCUGAGAUCUCGAACGUUAUACAGCAUAAAGAAGAACUUGGUUAGGUUCAAUUCAAGUACAGGUGUCAGUAAAUGGCCUGAAUUACAAUCAACUGAUUUUACAUCAUCUGGAGAACCAGACUAUAUCAAAUUAAUAUUGACUUCAAGAGUAUAUGAUGUUGUCGAUGAGGCUGGUACUCCACUUAGUAAAGCCAUUAACUUAUCAAAUAGAUUAAAUACCAAUGUGUUUUUAAAAAGAGAAGAUUUACUUCCUGUUUUCUCAUUCAAAUUACGUGGUGCUCAUAAUAUGAUAGCUCAUUUACAUGCCAAUUCAACCUCAAAAGUAAGUGGUGUGGUGGCUUGUUCCGCUGGGAAUCACGCCCAAGGUGUAGCAUACUCAGCUAACAGAUUAAAUAUUCCUGCCACUAUCGUCAUGCCAACUGCUACUCCAUCUAUUAAAUAUUCCAAUGUUGCAAGAUUAGGAUCUAAAGUGGUAUUGUAUGGUGAUGAUUUCGAUUCUGCCAAAGCUGAAUGUUCAAGAUUAAGCACUGAACAAAAUUUAAUUAAUGUACCACCAUUUGAUCAUCCUUAUGUGGUGGCAGGUCAAGGUACUAUUGCAUUAGAAAUCACCAGACAAUUAAGAUUAGAUAAAUUAUCAGCCUUAUUUGUCCCAGUUGGUGGUGGUGGUUUAAUUGCUGGUGUUGCAGUUUAUUUAAAGAAAAUCGCUCCUCAUGUUAAAAUCAUUGGUGUAGAAACUUAUGAUGCUGAUGCUUUAUAUCAAUCACUUAAACAGAAAAAAUCUGUUGAAUUAGAUCUGGUAGGUAUGUUUGCCGAUGGUACCGCUGUUAAAGUCUUAGGUACUGAAACCUGGAGACUUUGUCAAGAUUUAGUUGAUGAUGUCGUUCGUGUUUCUACAGAUGAAUUAUGUGCUGCUAUCAAAGAUAUCUUUGAAGAUACUAGACUGAUCACUGAACCAUCAGGAGCUUUAUCAGUCGCUGGUUUAAAGAAAUAUAUCGAGCAACACCCUGAAAUUGAUCAUUCUGAUAAAACUUACGUCCCUAUUAUUAGUGGUGCUAACAUGAAUUUUGAUAGAUUAAGAUUCGUUAGCGAAAGAGCUGUUUUAGGUGAAGGUAAAGAAGCUUCAUUUGUUAUUAGUAUUCCUGAAACUCCAGGUGAAUUCGCUAGAUUACAAAGUAUCAUCAAUCCUAGAGCCAUUACUGAAUUUUCUUACAGAUACAGUGGUCCAGGAAAUGCUAAUGUAUUUGUUAGUUUCAACGUUUCUUCUCUGGAAAAGGAAAAGAUAACUGAUCAAAUGGCUGAAUCAUACGAAGUUAUUGAUAUUUCUGAAAAUGAAUUAGCCAAGACUCAUGGUCGUUAUUUAGUCGGUGGUAAAUCAUUAUUCAAGAAAACUUCCCAAGAAAAAUUAUAUACUUUUGAAUUCCCUGAGAAGCCAGGUGCAUUAUAUAACUUCUUACAAGCUUUAAAGAAUGAUUGGGAUAUAACUUUAUUCCAUUACAGAAACCAUGGUCAUGAUGUUGGAAAAGUUCUUUGUGGAUUCGUUCUUCCAGAUGGAACCAAAGAAGAAGACUUCCAACAAGUCUUAAAGAACAUCGGUUACAAAUUUUAUGAUGAAUCUGAAAAUGUUGUUUAUAAGAAAUUUUUAACUUGUUAAAUAAAAUAACAGUUAGUGUAUAUAUACAA